GGAACGGAGCGCUCGUGCAUCAGUGUGUAAAAAGAUGUAAAGAUGGCGGAGCUACAGAUGCUCUUGGAUGAAGAAAUUCCUGCAGGACGAAGAGCUUUGCUGGACAGUUUCACUAAUCUUGAAAGAGUCGCUGAAUACUGCGAAAGUAACUAUGUUCAGUCCCCUGACAAGCACAGAGCACUAGAGGAAACCAAAAACUACACUACCCAAUCACUCGCCAGCGUCGCCUACCUGAUCAACACACUAGCCAACAAUGUCCUGCAGAUGCUGGACAUCCAGGCAUCCCAGCUGCGCCGCAUGGAGUCCUCCAUCAACCACAUCUCCCAAACGGUGGACAUACACAAGGAGAAAGUGGCAAGACGGGAGAUUGGCAUCCUGACAACCAAUAAGAACACUUCCCGCACCCACAAAAUCAUUGCGCCGGCCAAUCCCGAGAGACCAGUGCGAUACAUUCGAAAACCGAUUGAUUACAACGUGCUGGAUGACAUUGGGCACGGAGUAAAGUGGUUGCUUAGGUUCAAGGUCAACACCCAGAACAUGAAGAUGGGCGGUCUCCCCCGAACAACCCCACCCACACAGAAGCCUCCAAGCCCCCCCAUGCCCGGAAAGGGAACCAUAGGGAGGCACUCCCCCUAUAGGACAUUGGAGCCAGUGCGCCCUCCUGUAGUUCCUAAUGACUAUGUCCCCAGCCCCACGCGCAACAUGACCCCUGUGCAGCAAAGCCCUGUGCGCACAGCGUCAGUUAACCAGAGGAACCGCACGUACAGCGGCAGCAGUGGUGGCAGCCAUCCCAGCAGCCGGAGCAGCAGUCGAGAAAACAGCGGCAGUGGCAGCGUGGGUGUGCCCAUCGCCGUACCGACGCCCUCCCCUCCUAGUGCGUUUCCAGCAUCAGUGGCUAGUGCCACUAGCAGCCCUUCUGCCCCACCCAAUUCUGCCCAGCCUUUCUUCACCUGCACUGAUUCUGCUCCAACCCACUCUUUAACCAACCCUGCUGUGGCCCCUGAGCCCUCCCCCACUCCCCCUACCACCACCGAGGCCGCUCUGGCCCAAGCCGACCCCGCUCCCCCCUCUGAACCCACUGCUCCACCCGCAACUGCUACCAGCACCCCUGUGCCAGGUAUUGCCACCCAGUUCUACAGUAUGAACAGGCCUACAUCCAGACAGAUCAUCCCCACCGUCGGGGGGUCUCUGCCGUACAGGCGGCCCCCCUCAGUCACUGGGCUACCUGCCACACCCGCGAGCCAACAGAACGGAGGACCCUUCUACAGCCAGGGACAGGCCUCGCCAGUGCUCCCUCCCCCCUCCAUACUGCAGAUCACCCCCCAGCUUCCUCUGACGGGCUUCGUGGCUCGCGUUCAGGAGACCAUUUCAGAUACUCCUCCCCCUCCUCCCCCUACAGAGGAGAGUGUGUUUGAGGAGGCGCAGCCCCCUGCUCCAUCUUCAGAAGACUAUGAAGAGGAGGAGUCUUCUGUAGUAGAGUACAGUGACCCGUACGCAGAAGAGGAUCCCCCAUGGGCCCCACGGGCUUACCUGGAGAAAGUGGUCGCGAUCUACGACUACACCCAAGACAAAGAGGACGAGCUGACAUUCCAGGAAGGAGCCAUCAUCUACGUCAUCAAGAAAAACGAUGACGGCUGGUACGAGGGGGUGAUGAGCGGCACCACGGGCCUCUUCCCCGGUAACUACGUGGAGUCCAUCAUGCACUAUGCCGAGUGAAGCUUGGGAGCAUGGGUCUGCACACACAGCUGAACAGCAGGCCGUUAGGUUCCGAGACAAGCCAUCGGGAUCUGUGAGCAGAGGGGGAGGAGGCAAGCGUCAGCGGGUGAUAAAUUUAACUACGACACUUUAUGGACUGUGACUGCCUUUCACGAUAAGACUGAUGAGGGGGGGAAAAUACACUACUAGAGUACAAUAAAGUAUAUUAAUAACAGUAAAUACCAAUAAUUUUACAGUUUGUUAGAUGAAGGAUUCAGAGCACAACCACUAUUUUCUUGUGUUUGAAUAAGAAAACGAGAUAUGAAGUAGUUUUGUGGGCUAAGUGUGAUGUUCCAUAUAUUGAAGUUGAGGUGACCAGAAUAACUCCCUCUUUAUUUUUGACAAAUCGUAUUUUUGCCUUUGAUCGUCCUCAGCACAGCUGAGGCCUUGGCACUCGUACUGGGGUUGGCCAGUACCUCAGUAACAGAAAAAGACCUGUAGGUUUCUACAGAAAGCAGCUAACAAAGGAAAAACACUACACAAGACGAUGCAAGUACAUGUCUAUAGUAGAAUGCAAUGAAUGGAAGAUGGAGUGGAAUAUUUCUUCAUACAUAUAUAUAUAUAUAAACAUUUUUUAAUUUGAUGCAUAGUUGUGGAUGUCCUUUAAAGUGUGUGUACUGAUGGUUUUGUCCUUGAUUCUGUGAUUUUGCCUUAAGAUGUAUUAUCUGUGUAUUCAGGCCCAGAUUUCAGGCUUAAAUCCAACAUGGGUAUUGAAAGCAGGUUGGUCAUUUGAGGGGCAGGGGCAAUAUUGCCUCAGCUGAAUAGCUUUUGUACAGCAGAGUAGUAUUCCUGCAUAAUCACCACAACACUAUGUACAGAGGUUUGAAAAGAAAAUCAGUUAAACAUUUUUGGUAACAAUCUUAACGGGCUACAACUGGUCAAAACGGAAAAAGCUAAUUAUUAUUAAGCCCAACUGAUGUAUUAUGUUUAGCGUCUAUGACGUUCCUCCCCAGGACUGGCACACGGAUGUUACCCUCAGACGCUUCUUGAACUUCAUUCCUGAAUAUAUUUCUAUAGACAUGGUGUAUUUGCUGCUUACAUAUGCCAGUAUAACCCAUCUCUUAUAACAAUAAGGUAAGAAGUUGGUCAACCUCAAAACAUGCAGUACUACAGUGUCAGUAAACAUCAACUUUUCUUUGUCUUUGUUUUUCUUUUUUUAUUCUAUAUUGUGUAGUGAUGCUAACCAAAUGGCCAAGUUGAUUUUUGAUAUGUUGUGUAGUGCUACAUACAUUGCAUGCUCAAUAAAAACAGAACUUCAUAUUUUAAUUCAA